AUGUACUCGUGCGCGAAUUACCCCCGCGGAUGCCGAGGCCGGGUCAACCGGCAAGGAGCCAAGUGCUCCGACUGUGUCACUCUCAACCUGCGACGCCCAGCAUCCGCAUCUCCAUUUGCCCAGCCUCGGGACUAUAAGCGGAUGCUGCCGUCAGAGAUGCUGAACGAGUCGCCAAACAAGACUCCUACUCCGGAGCUGUAA